AAAAUUAAAAAUCCUUAUUGUUGAAACCUGCAACACAGUCUUAAUACCGAUCUAGUCUGUGUGUUUGUUCAGAGGCUAACGGGAUUAAGCUUGCAUCUCUCUAAAAUGGAAAUGUUUUCACAUAACCACUCCUGGAAAUUUUUCCCAUUGCAAAUGGCUUGUGAUUGUAACAUGUGUAUGUUGCUUAGCAACUCCAGAUGGAUGUGCAUUAGGUAAAUCAUUUUACACCAUGUGAAAAUCCAGAAUGGAGCUGAAAGGUAUUUUCACAGCAUAUAUAGGUGCCCAUCUUUCAAGCAGUUGUCUCAUCGAACCAAAUUUAACAGUGGAGCUGGAGAAUGUUUCCAUUGCUCACCUUGGACUGUAAUUGAAAGGAACAGAGAAAAUGAUCAUCUGGACUUGCUAACACCCAAGACGAGAACUUGGAUUGAUGAGAAAGCGGAAAGCACCGGACGUUGGGUAAACAUGGUCACCCUGGACCAGAAAUAUGGACCUGGUUUCACCACAGUGGAGUUGGUUGCACAUCACAACAGCAGUUUGGCAGAAAUGACAAAGCUGGUGUCACUUUUCCACCCUGGAGAAUCCAGAAUAUGUUCCAGUGCCUCAACAACUCAAGCAGUGAGUUUGUCCUCAUCUCAUGGGACACAUUAGAACAUGGAUCACAUGCCUGAGAACGAAAAGGAAGGACACACAGCAGCCUGGGAAAGGAAACAGACGUCCAGCGGCUCAGUGGCUGUCAUUGCGAAAGCAAAUUCCCACUCUAAUUACCAUCAAGAGUUUCUGUGACUGUGUGCGUCUCUCUCACAGCACAGACUCUCAAGACACUUCAACUGGUCUUCAGACACAAGCAGGGAUGGAGAGAAGCAGGGCCUCUGUGAUUUCUGCCCAUUUCAUCACAUGUUUAGCAUUCGCAGGCUUGUUGGGAGCGGGGAAGCCCUGGUCGCCGCCAGAAGUGUGUAGAAGACUGCUGUGUGACAAAGUCACUUUUGAUGCCUUUGCUUAUAAAUCUUGUGUUGAGCCGUUCACUCAGACCAUGGCAAACACUGACUACCAACUCAGAUGUCCCUGGCCAAGCACUAGAAGAGACUACGUCAAACUGAUGCUGUGCCUGGAGGAUCUGGCUAACUCCACAUGCUGUACAGACGUUUCCUACAGACACUACCUAAUGCUAGACAUCCAUAAGGGUUAUUUCUCCAUGUGCUCAUAUAUGCAAGACCCAGGUAUUCCCAUCCUUCUGAUUCUCAUCUUGCCCUGUGUCAUCAUCCCAUUCAUUAUACCGUUCCUCUGCCAGUACUUCAAACUGCAGGAGUAUAGACUGCCAAACAACAACUAAUGAUUGGACAGUGUUUUGCAUUUCAGAAUGCACAAUGUGCAUGAAUCAAAAG